AUGCCGAACCAAGAGCAACCAGUUAGUAUUCCUGCACCUACCUACAGCUCAGCUCCUGCAAUGGAGAUGACACCCCAAUCUCGAACUCAGCAAGAUUCCCAACGGGAAGCUGAACCGAAAGUCCAGCUUGGACUCCGUGGCGGCCGUGAUCGUGGCUGUCUUGCUGGAUGUCUGGCUGCCCUCUUGAGCGGAAGGGACGUCGGCUCUUCUUCAACUUUCUGGCUUGCCUCUUUUACUAGAGAGCCAUUGGAAUACUCGGAUAUAGUUCAGCAAGGCGUUAUGGGUUACUAG